AUGAACUCGAAUGAAUUGGAAAAAAUACGUCUUAACGUUGGUGGACAAAAACACGAAACGUAUUUAAGUACAAUAGGUAAUCUUCCCGAUACCAGACUCUAUUCAAUUAUCGAGAGCACUAUAAACUCGCCCGAUUAUGAUUCAGAGACGAGUGAAAUUUUCUUCGAUCGUCAUCCCGAUGUUUUUGCUCAAAUCCUGAAUUACUACAGAACCGGAAAACUACAUUGUCCCAAGGACAUUUGUGGCCCUUUGUUUGAAGAUGAGCUUCAGUACUGGGGCAUCGAUGAAAAGGAAAUGGAGGCUUGUUGCUGGAUCAACUAUACUCAAUACAGAGAUGCUGAAGAAAAUUUAAAGAAUGUCGUUUGUGAUAAAAGUUCUCAGCAGUUUAUAGAGGAUAGCUCCAGGUCUAUUGAAAAUGAGAAUAAAUGUAUCCGUUGCUGGAAUCAUUCUUGCUCUCAUUGGUGGAAAAAAUUCAACGAAACAUAUGGUCGACUAUAG